UCACACUGGGGAAGAUGGGUAUGAUCGAUGAACUAAGUGGAAGAGAGUAUUACCCCCUGAGCUACACAGCAAAGGAUUUGCCGGUGCCAGUUGAGGGUUAUGUGGCGACUCAUGGGAGAUAUUUCCCUCCGGAUGCAAGAGGUGUGAGGGGUUUGGUUGUCUUUGUUAUUGACGAUGAUAACGACGAGGCCAUGGAAGUGCGGAUCCAAAGGGUGUCUAAGGAUGGCCAAAUUCUGGAAGAUUAUAGAAACUAUUCUUCAGCAGAUGUUGAUUGGCAAAGUUUGUUUAUCUUGCAAGAACAACAAGACAGGUCCGAAGCGUUGAUUGACGAGUCCCUCAAGAAAGGCUACAUUGUUAUAUGAUUUGUUAUCUUUUUGCUAAUCUCGAGAAAUGUCUUGGAAGUGAGUU